CCUGCGCCCCGCGGAACCCCCCCCACCCCCGGCGCCGGCGGAGUCGCUGUUCUCCCCGCGGACAUUCAAUAUGUCACUGGAUAUUACUCAAGUUCUGUUGAGUGCUCAAUCUCCUGAUGGCACAACUAGGAAGCUUGCUGAAGAAAGCCUUAAGCAAUUCCAGGAGCAAAACCUACCAGGUUUCCUGUUCUCUCUCUCAAAUGAGUUAGCCAAUGAGGAGAAACCUGAGGAGAGCCGCAGGUUGGCUGGCUUGAUUCUCAAGAAUGCACUAGAUGCAAAGGAGCAGCACAGGAAGAAUGAGCUUUUCCAGAGAUGGCUGGCACUGGAUGCUGGUGUCAAGGCACAGAUUAAAGGUUUGCUGUUGCAAACUCUCUCAUCCCCUGUUGCAAGCGCCAGAUCUACCUCUUCUCAAGUUAUUGCAAAGGUUGCUGGUAUUGAGAUUCCUCAAAAGCAAUGGCCUGAGCUUAUCGCAUCGUUGCUCUCAAACAUACAUCAGGUCCAGCCAAAUGCCAAGCAGGCAACACUUGAUACACUUGGCUACUUAUGUGAAGAAGUCUCUCCAGAAGCUGUUGACCAAGACCAAGUGAAUAAAAUUCUUACUGCUGUUGUUCAGGGUAUGAAUGCUUCUGAAGGGAACUCUGACGUUAGACUUGCAGCAACACGGGCACUGUAUAAUGCAUUGGGUUUUGCUCAGGUUAACUUCUCCAACGACAUGGAACGUGAUUAUAUCAUGAGAGUUGUUUGUGAAGCAACACAGUCUCCUGAGGUGAAGAUAAGGCAGGCUGCCUUUGAGUGUUUAGUGGCUAUCUCAUCCACUUAUUACGACAAACUGACAACGUACAUGCAGGACAUAUUUAGUAUUACUGCAAAGGCUGUGAGGGGAGAUGAGGAGUCAGUUGCACUCCAGGCCGUUGAAUUCUGGAGCUCGAUAUGUGAUGAGGAAAUUGACAUUUUGGAUGAGUACAGUAGUGAGUUUACCGCUGACUCUGAUGUUCCUUGCUACUAUUUUAUCAAGCAGGCUCUUCCUGCCUUAGUGCCAAUGCUGCUAGAAACCCUCCUCAAGCAGGAGGAAGACCAAGACUUGGAUGAAGGUGCUUGGAAUCUUGCAAUGGCUGGGGGUACUUGUUUGGGCCUUGUGGCAAGAACUGUUGGGGAUGAUAUUGUUCCUCUUGUGAUGCCUUUUGUUGAGGAGAACAUAACGAAGCCUGACUGGAGACAUCGGGAGGCUGCAACAUAUGCUUUUGGUUCCAUUUUGGAGGGCCCAUCAGCUGAUAAACUUGCCUCCCUUGUUAAUGUUGCAUUGAAUUUUAUGUUGUCUGCACUGGUGAAGGACCCAAGUAACCAUGUGAAAGACACAACUGCUUGGACCCUUGGAAGAAUAUUUGAGUUUCUUCAUGGUUCUGCACUUGAAACAGCUCCUAUCAUCACGGCUGAGAACUGUCAGCAAAUACUCACUGUGCUUCUUCAAAGCAUGAAGGAUGUCCCAAAUGUGGCGGAAAAGGCAUGUGGAGCACUAUAUUUCCUUGCUCAAGGCUACGUGGAUGCAGGAUCUGCUUCGCCUUUAGCACCUUUCUUUCAAGAUAUUGUUCAGAGCCUUAUCUUCGUUACUCGUAGGGAAGAUGCUGGGGAAUCCAGGUUGCGUACUGCGGCUUAUGAGACUCUAAAUGAAGUUGUCAGGUGCUCCGUUGAAGAAUCAGGCACUAUUGUUAUGCAGUUGGUACCUGUGAUCAUGAUGGAGCUCCAUCAGACACUUGAGGCUGGAAAGUUAUCAACUGAUGAAAGGGAGAAGCAGAGUGAAUUGCAGGGCCUUCUCUGUGGUUGUUUGCAGGUCAUUAUCCAGAAGUUGGGAGGGAUGGAAGCAACAAAAUAUUCCUUCUUGCAAUAUGCCGAUCAAAUGAUGGAACUGUUUUUGAGAGUUUUUGCCUGUCGAAACGCCACUGUGCAUGAGGAGGCUAUGCUUGCUAUUGGUGCAUUGGCAUAUGCAGCAGGUCCAAAUUUUUCGAAGUACAUGCCUCAAUUUUAUCAGUAUUUGGAAAUGGGACUACAGAACUUUGAGGAGUAUCAGGUAUGUGCCAUUACCGUGGGUGUUGUGGGUGACUUGUGUAGGGCACUGGAGGACAAAAUUUUGCCUUAUUGUGAUGGCAUCAUGACCCAACUCCUGAAGGAUUUGUCGAGUAAUCAGUUGCAUAGAUCUGUAAAGCCACCUAUAUUCUCAUGCUUUGGUGACAUUGCACUGGCAAUUGGGGAGAACUUUGAGAAGUAUUUGAUAUAUGCCAUGCCCAUGCUACAAAGUGCAGCAGAUUUGUCAGCGCAUACUACUGCAGCUGAUGAUGAAAUGCUUGAUUACACCAAUCAAUUAAGGAACGGGAUACUGGAAGCCUACUCUGGUAUUCUUCAAGGAUUUAAGAGCUCCCCUAAGACGCAAUUGCUGAUGCAAUAUGCUCCAAAUAUUCUUAAUUUCCUUGAUUCUCUUUACAAUGGAAAGGACAUGGAUGAUGCUGUGAUGAAGACUGCGAUAGGUGUAUUGGGAGAUCUUGCAGACACAUUGGGUGUCCAUGCUGGUCCUUUGAUCAAUCAAUCUCUCUCAAGCCAGAAGUUUUUGGAGGAGUGCUUAGCAUCUGAUGAUCCACUGGUCAAAGAGUCAGCUGAUUGGGCAAGGAUUGCAAUCAGCCGUGCGGUUUCAGGUUGAGGUCACAUCGGUCUCGAGUCUGCACAUGCAUCAUUCCACAUGUCAUGUCUGGGUCUUGGUUGCAUCAUGUCUAGACCUUGCUCUUUGGAGAAGUCAACCCAUCCUUACAGCAGAGUCAGAGGUCCUCACUAACUCAUGCAUCAAUACAUGUGUCAGCCUGUCCUUAUCACUUCUGCAGAAGAGAGGGUUAAGUUGGCUGUCUGCUAACUUUGCUUAAGGCAUCUAGAACCUUCAUUUCUUAUUGGAGGUGAGAUGAGCUUCUAUGGUCGCCUGGCAUGCCGACGGUCCCUUGGCAUAGCUUGGCAUGCUUAGGGUCUGGGUGCUAUCAUUUUCCACUGCAUUCAUUGCAUGCAUCGAACUUUGGUAAGAUGGUCACUCAAUACAUGGUCCAAUUGCUUAUGUUUCCGUUAAGCAAAAAAGAGGGAUCGGAUUCACAGGAUUAUUUUGUAUAGCUCAGGGCGACAAAGUUUAUUUGUCGGACUUGAGCAUUUCGUCAGCCCCUUAGAUGUUAGCCUUUUUUUUAUUUUGAUUUCCUAGCAUUUUCUUCACAUGCAUUGUCUUGCAUUCAUUCUUGGUCCUUUAAGAGCUUACUUUUUAUCAGAACUUCGGUCCAGUCUGGUCCGGUACAGCACGCCGUUGUACAAGUCCUCGCGUGCUUUGGUUUAUUUCCUGGUGCUACUGCCUUAUUGGAGCAGCAGGCAUUUGUACUUUUGUUUUUUUUUUCUUGGGUUAUCUAUCCUGCUCCAUCCGUUUCGGUUUCCUUGAAGAAGCUGGGCUACUGAAAAACAAAAACAAUUAUAGGUCUUGGAGUGUUUUUUUUGGGGGGAAGCAGUUGGCCGAGGUUAAAUUUGUUUAAAAGAAAUUGUAUCAUUCUAUGGAGCGCUGUCUCCCUCCCCAUGUGUCAUAUCAUUUGUUUGGCAUAUUAUGAGAAUAUGGUGAAAUGCAUUAAAAUGAUAUGGUGUCCAUUUUGCUUC